AACAGCAACAUCGUAUUGGGUGUGUGGGGAAUAUAUUUUUGAUUAUGACAGUGAUUUUUAUCGUGUGGAAUCCAGAAUUCCAGUGCCUUAUUGACAAGGGUUUUUGGUUUCAUCUAUGUUAUUGUUAAAUUGUAUCGAGACAAUAUUGACAAUAACAGACAUUCUUUUGAGAAUUUCUGGGAACCGAAACUGAAACCGAAACUGCAACUGCAACUGCCACUGCCACUGCCUCUGCCACGUUGAGCUGUUCGGUACGGCUUUUCAAUUUCAGAGAGUUGUGUGUCGGAUUGAGUCUUAGUUCUUAUGGCCAACCACAGCAAAAACUGUCCCAGGACUGGACGGUUGUGGUCUCAUCAAUAUGGUGGUAGGAGUGUUUCACAAUGAUUGGGGUUGAGUUGGGUGUGAUCCACCUUUGUCCAUGGACACCCCCGACAACAACAGCAGCAGCAGCAGCAGCAUUAACAAAUUGUUUGAGUUAGUAAACUUUGUCAGGUCCUGGAUCCCUGGCAUUCGCCAGUCCCAGGCACAGCCAAGCAGUGAAGGCAAUGCGUCCCAGUCACAGUCAGGCAAUGAUGGCAAUGUGUCGAGGUCGAGGGACUUCUGGAUGCCUGAUCACAGCUGUAGGGUAUGUUAUGAGUGUGACUCCCAGUUCACCAUUUUUAACCGCAGGCAUCAUUGUCGACUUUGUGGUAGGGUUUUCUGUGCUAAGUGUACAACAAAUUCAGUUCCUGCCCCAUCUGACCGCCCUAGGUAUAGCGCUUGGGAAGAUUGGGAGAGGAUCAGGGUGUGUAAUUAUUGCUUCAAGCAAUGGUCUGUGCAGGGGACAACAGUAGCACGAGUUGAUAAUGAUAAUGGCAUCCAAUCCGAUGCACCACCCAGCCCUGCUAUCAGUCGAUCACCGUCUGCAACUAGCAUGGCCAGCAGCAAGUCCAGUUGCACUUAUCAAAGUAGCUGCAGCACUGUUGUUUCCACUCCUUACUCCGCUGGACCUUACCAACGCGUGCCAUAUACUUCUUCUGCUCAUAGCCCUCCUCAGUCUGCUCGUAUGGACUCAAUUAUGGUUGAGCAACACAGUCUUACAUCCGAGAGGAGCACAGGUGCCAGCUUUGCCUCUGCCAUAGUGCCUCCAUCUCCUAACCGAUUUGGCUAUUGCUUCAACGGGAGUGAUGAUGAGGAUGAUGACUAUGGUGUUUGUCAUUUAGAUUCCGAAAGAAGACAUAUCUCUCGGGAUUCUGACUAUUAUGAUGCAGUUAACAUAGAUGAGAUUGACCAUGUCUAUGGUCCUCAUAAUGCGCAUCCCAAUAGCGAUAGCAACGACUUGAAAAAUUUGAGUUCCUUACUGUUACCUGAGAAUUUUGACAUGAAGGGUGAGAAUGGAAUUAACAAACUCAGGGAAGAAGCACAUGAACAUGAUAACUGUGAUGGCUGUGAAGCUUCUGCAUAUGACAUGGAGAGUCUGGAUGCUGAACCUGUGGAUUUUGAGAAUAAUGGGCUACUCUGGCUCCCUCCAGAGCCAGAGGAUAAAGAGGAUGAAAGAGAGCCUGUUCUAUUUGAUGAUGAUGGUGAUGAUCAUAGUACUGCAGGAGAGUGGGGAUAUUUACAAUCUUCAAAUAGCUUUGGUAGUGGGGAGUCUCGUAGUAGGGACAAGUCAUGUGAGGAGCACAGGAAAGCCAUGAAAAAUGUGGUGGAAGGGCAUUUUAGAGCUUUGGUAUCUCAGCUUUUGCAGGUUGAAAACCUACCUGUGGGUGAUGAGCAUGACAAGGAGAGUUGGUUGGAGAUAAUUACAUCUUUGUCCUGGGAAGCUGCCACACUUCUUAAGCCUGAUACAAGCAAGGGUGAAGGAAUGGAUCCUGGUGGAUAUGUGAAGGUUAAAUGCAUAGCUUCUGGGUGUCACAGUGGGAGUGUGGUGGUCAAAGGAAUUGUGUGUAAGAAAAACGUAGCUCAUCGGCGAAUGAAAACAAAAAUAGAAAAACCGCGUCUACUAAUACUUGGAGGAGCUUUGGAGUAUCAGCGUGUUACCAACCACUUGUCGAGUUUUGAUACUUUGUUGCAGCAGGAAAUGGACCAUUUGAAGAUGGCAGUUGCGAAGAUUGAUGCUCAUCACCCUAAUAUCCUUUUGGUUGAGAAGUCAGUUUCUAGAUAUGCUCAAGAGUACCUUCUUGCAAAAGACAUAUCACUUGUUCUGAAUAUUAAGAGGCCGCUUUUAGAGCGUAUCGCACGCUGCACUGGUGCAAAAAUAGUCCCUUCAAUUGAUCACUUUGUUACGCCAAAACUGGGGUAUUGUGGCUCAUUUCAUGUGGAGAAAUUCCUUGAAGCGGAUGGCAGUGCUGGUCGUGGUGGGAAGAAAUUGACAAAGACACUGAUGUUUUUUGAGGGUUGUCCAAAGCCUUUCGGUUGUACUAUUUUGCUCAAGGGUCCCAAUGAGGAUGAGUUGAAGAAGGUGAAACAUGUGGUCCAGUAUGGAGUUUUUGCAGCUUAUCACCUAGCUUUGGAGACAUCUUUUCUGGCUGAUGAAGGUGCUUCACUUCCAGAACUCCCUCUGAAGUCUCCAAUAACUGUUGCAUUACCUGAUAAACUAUCAAGUAUUGAGAGGUCCAUUUCCACAAUUCCUGGUUUUACUGUUCCGGGCACUGUAAACCCUCUGGAUCCUAAACCUUCCAUUAAACUACAGAAAUCAUAUUCAGGUGGAGCCCCAUCUACCAAUAGUGACCCUAUUUGCAAAGUGGAAGGGGCUAGUCCAACUGGGUUGUCUAAAGUUCUUUUCUCCUGUCCUAUUGAUGCUGAACCUGCCUUUUGCUCUGUAGAAUCUUCUUCUUCCUUGACUUCCCUUUCUUCUUCAGAGCAAGGUAGCUCAGCUUCUUUCUACAGUGAGCUAUCCUUAAAUUAUGCCUUGGAGGAGAAGAAUAGAACAGGUCCUAAGGAGUCUUAUCAGGGUCAAACAGUUGACACAAGGAAAGCUAUUAUAGGUGAUAAUCUGGUUUCUGAUUCUAUUGGUGCCUCAGGGGCAUUACAACAAGGUGUUGCCACUAGUCAUACUCAUGGCAAUGCUUUGGCUGCAAAUAACCUAGGUUCUCAAGAUUUGGGAUCCUUAAAAGGAGAUACUAAUAAUCAGAAUGAGGGGAUGGGAGCUUCAAAGGAAGAGUUUCCACCCUCACCUUCUGACCAUCAAAGCAUUUUGGUGUCCUUAUCAUCACGUUGUGUGUGGAAAGGAACUGUGUGCGAACGAGCCCAUCUCCUUCGAAUCAAAUAUUAUGGAAGCUUUGAUAAGCCUUUGGGGCGGUUUUUACGAGAUCAUUUGUUUGGUCAGAGUUACCGCUGUCGUUCGUGCGACAUGCCAUCAGAAGCACAUGUUUAUUGCUAUACCCAUCAGCAAGGGAGCCUUACAAUAUCUGUUAAGAAACUUCCAGAGUUUCUCUUACCAGGGGAACGAGAGGGUAAAAUCUGGAUGUGGCACAGGUGCCUUAAAUGUCCCCGGACCAAUGGCUUCCCUCCAGCCACUGAGAGAGUUGUAAUGUCUGAUGCUGCAUGGGGAUUAUCUUUCGGUAAAUUUUUGGAACUGAGCUUCUCAAAUCAUGCAGCUGCAAGUAGGGUUGCAAGCUGUGGACAUUCUCUACACAGAGAUUGUCUCCGGUUCUAUGGUUUUGGGAGAAUGGUUGCUUGCUUCCGCUAUGCUUCAAUUGAUGUCCAUUCUGUUUAUCUUCCACCACAAAAACUUGAAUUUUUCUAUGAUAAUCAGGAGUGGAUAAAAACAGAAGUAAAUGAGCUGUGUAAAAUGGCUGAAGGCCUAUUUACUGAAGUGUACAAGGCUCUGCGUAAGAUUUCAGAGAAUAUAUCAAGUGCAGAUUUACAAGAUCCUGGUGUGAAAGCACCUGACUCAAGGCAUCAUAUUGCAGAACUGGAAGGGUUGCUACAUAAGGAGAAACAAGAAUUUGAGGAAGCAGUAGAAAAAGUGAUCUGCAAGAAGGUAAAAUUUGGUCAACUGACUUAUGAUAUUCUUGAGAUCAAUAAAUUGCGGAGGCAGAUACUUUUCCAUUCUUAUGUCUGGGACCAACGUCUGAUACAUGAAGCCAGAUUAAGUAACAACAAUCUCCACGAAGGUUUGAGCAGUUCCAUUCCGAAACUUGUGGAGAAAUCAGUUAGUUCUGUGGAGAAGCUUGUCGAGAAGAAUGCGACCAUGAAGGCAGGUAAAGGCUAUAGUAGUUGUGACUCUCUUUUGGAGACAAAGCCUUAUGUAAACCUUAACCAAGGAGGAAAUGCUGGACAUUUUAAAAAUCCCAGUGAACUUCAUAAAGUAAGUGAUAUGGAUUUGGAUAUGAAUCAUAGGAAGGGUGUUGACCGUUCUUCUAGUAAGAAUAUCAGUGAUGAUUCUGACCCUCUGAAAAGUGGAGGAAAUGUUCGAAGGGCCCACUCAGAAGGAGAGUAUCCUAUUUUGGAAAAUUUAUCUGAUACCCUUGAUGCGGCAUGGACUGGUGAAAGUCAUCCAGUUAGUGUAACACUAAAAGAUAAUGGCCGUUCUCUUCCUGAUUUGACUGUGGUAAAUUCUGUUGCAGCAAAAUCGCUGGUGGAAAGUUUUGCUGUUGACCAAGCUGGGGUUGAGGUGGCUUCCACUCUUAGUUCUAUGUUGCCUCCUAAGCCAGCUGACAAAAUGGAAGGCUCCACAAGCUGGGUGGGGAUGCAUUUUCUGAACUUCUAUGGUUCAUUUAGCAAAAAUAUUUCAUUGAAUGCUCAGAAGCUUGGUUUUGGUGAGUACAAUCCUGUUUAUGUUUCAUCAUUUCGGGAGUUGGUUCGACAAAAUGGUGCCAGACUGCUUUUGCCUGCUGGUGUUAAUGACAUUGUUGUGCAUGUAUAUGAUGAUGAACCCACUAGUGUUGUAGCAUAUGCACUUGUCUCCUCGGAUUAUCUUUGCCAGAUUUCUGAGCCAGACAGAGCAAAGAAUGUUUUAGAUUCUUCAGUCUCGUUGCCUCUUUUUGAUUCAGUGAAUCUACUCUCACUGAACUCUUUUGAUGAAGCAAUUCUUGAUUCCUACAGAAGUCUUGCCUCCACUGAUGAGAGCAACUUAUCUGCUUCUGGGUCCCGGAGUUCCCAGGCUGUGGACCCACUCUUGUACACCAAGGAUUUGCAUGUUAGAGUUUCUUUUACAGAUGAUGGCCCUCCUGGGAAGGUGAAGUACACAGUAACUUGCUACUAUGCAAAGCGAUUUGAGGCUUUGAGGAGGACUUGUUGCCCUUCCGAGUUAGAUUUUGUACGAUCUAUUAGUCGUUGUAAGAAAUGGGGGGCCCAGGGUGGCAAAAGCAAUGUUUUCUUUGCAAAAACCUUGGAUGAUCGAUUUAUCAUCAAACAGGUCACGAAGACAGAGCUGGAGUCAUUCAUCAAGUUUGCACCGGCUUACUUUAAGUAUUUGUCUGAAUCAAUCAGUACAAGAAGCCCAACUUGUCUGGCAAAGAUCUUGGGCAUUUAUCAGAUUUCGUUAAAGCAUCUCAAAGGAGGGAAAGAAUCAAAGUUAGAUGUUUUGGUAAUGGAGAAUCUUCUAUAUAGGCGUAAUGUCACCCGACUUUAUGACCUUAAAGGAUCUUCACGUUCACGGUAUAAUCCGGACACAAGUGGGAGCAAUAAAGUUCUGCUGGAUCAGAAUUUGAUUGAAGCAAUGCCAACCUCUCCAAUUUUUCUGGGAAACAAGGCAAAACGAUUACUAGAGAGAGCUGUUUGGAAUGAUACUUCCUUUCUUGCUUCGAUUGAUGUAAUGGACUACUCAUUGUUGGUUGGUGUGGAUGAGGAAAAGCAUGAGCUAGUUCUAGGGAUCAUUGAUUUUAUGAGGCAAUAUACAUGGGACAAGCAUCUUGAAACUUGGGUGAAGACUUCGGGCAUCCUUGGCGGAUCUAAGAACACGUCUCCGACUGUGAUCUCACCUCAGCAGUACAAGAAGCGUUUCAGGAAAGCCAUGACUGCUUAUUUUGUUAUGGUCCCAGAUCAGUGGUCCUCUUCAAUCCUUGUUCCCAGUGGGUCUCAAUCUGACCUUUUUGAUGAAAACUUGCAAGGUGGGAACUUUGAUUGAUAAUGUGAUUUCUCUCUCUCUCUCUCUCUCUCUCUCUGUAUAUGUAAGUCGAUACAAUUGUUCUCUCUUUUCUAUUUUCACCUUCCUCAUUCUUUCUUAUUUUGUAUUACUGGUAUGGCUGCCUCAUUGUAAGCUGUAGAUAAAUGCAUCCUUAAAUUUUGUUAUAUAUGAAGAGGGAGAAGGCUCUUUUAAUGCCGUGAAAUUUUCAAUGGUUGUAUAGCUCCAGAUAACCCCUCUUUGGAGUAAUUGUACAGUAUCUUGGUGUCUUAUUUAUGUUUAUAUUUUUAGCAGAGGGACAUUGGCCUUCAUCAUGUACAUCAUGAUAUGAAUUUUUGAUGUUAUACUUUUUUUUUCAUCUUA